CUCAGGUUUUCUUCUCGUUGAAAAAUAACAUUGAUGAAAUAAUCACGCCACGUCUCCGAGCCAGCUCACAGUCCGGGCUGAGGCUAUGGCUGAAGCUCUUCCCUGUUUGUGUGGUGCUACAUAAAACAACACAGAGCUAAGGGCUGAAAGAUCUGAUGAGCGAUGGAGAGUGGAGAAGCCAACAGCUCAGUCCUUAAAGGUCCCAGCUGUAACCUCUCAGAGGAAUACAAAUUCAAGACCUACACUGUGGUCUUCAGCCUGAUCUUUAUUUUUGGUCUCAUCAGCAACGUUGGCGCUCUGUACGUCUUCUGCAAGCUCUCGGUGAAGAAUCGUCUCUCAACCAUCUUUCUCAUACAUCUUGCUGUAUCAGACCUCAUCUUCAUAUUUACGUUGCCGCUACGAAUCGCCUUUUACUUCAGCAGCUUGACCGGUUUGAAAGAAUCAUCUCCCAGGCCGGCAAUGUCACAUUUGAGCCUCGCUUGUCGUUUCUCCACCUUCUUGUUCUACAUCAGCAUGUAUUGCAGCAUCUUCUUUCUGACAGCUCUUAGCUUGUGCCGCUACAUGGUGCUGGCAGGUCGAGUCCGGCUCCAGAACAGCGAGGCUUGUAGAUGGGCUCGCUUGCUGUGCUGGGGAAUCUGGGUCUUUGUGGUUGGUGGGAACUUUUUACACAUUGGGAUAACAUCUGGGUUCAGCAUGGAAGCUGGGGGAUGCCUGGAACCAGCAGGGAAAAAGUCCUGGGCUUUUCUGUAUCAUCUAAACUUGGUGGUGCUAGUGACCUGCUUUUUGCUUCCACUAACAGUGGUAUUGAUUUGCUACUCCCUUAUGAUCAGACACAUUUUGAAGAUCCGGGCUGGCCAAAGACAGCGUGACGUGGCUCUGAUCUGCUUGGUGCUUUUGAUCUUCUGUUUUUGUUUCCUCCCCUACCACAUCCAGCGUACACUGCACCUCCACUACAUGAUGUUCCAGCAAACAGCGACAUGCAAGUUGCUGGCCAGCUUGCAGAAAUCGGUAGUGGUGACGCUUUGCUUUGCUGCCCUCAACAGUUGCUUGGAUCCACUUCUCUUCCUGUUUGUGGGCCAUGGCUUCAUAGCGGUGAUGAAUAAGUUUAUUGCUCGUGUGCACCUUUCUUGUGCAAUUGAGAAUACCAGUUUGAGUGACAUGUCUCAAACUGUUGUGCAGCUACCAUUGGUCAUAGAACCAAAGACCACACACACAGGCCAAGGUUCCCCUUUGGAGUUGUCCCCCUCUGAGAAUAGUGAUAUUACUGUUUGAUGGCUCUAAACACACUUUGAUUACAGUCCACUGUUCUGUAUGAAGGUACUUCAGGACAACCAGGAACCUGGAAUUUUUCAGUCAAGGAAAUAGAAGGGUGUAUAAAUCCCAGGCAUCAGUAAAUCACUGAUUGACUUUUUGGGGGUCUCAUUUUCAGUUUUAUUACAGAACGUACUAAGAGAACAGUCAAGAUUGUAAAACAAGUGGAUCGUCGUACCAUCUGUUCCUCCAGACAGGUGAAAAUAAUUAGAGAGAAAAGAGAGCAAAUGAACUACAUCAUACAUCUGCAGUUCAUCAACCUUAUGAUCUGACAAUAUGGCUUUUUAGAUCCACAGCAAUGAGAACAUUUUGACUUGACAACUAAGCAGGUUUUCUAUGAAAUUUCAUUUUCAUUAAUCAAUGUCUAUGACAGUUAAGGGGAUCUCAGGAGAUCGGUAGUUGGACUGGAUUGGUUUUCCUUUGUAGGAAUUUUUAUGGACUCCUAUGAACCUGUGUAUAUAUUCUUAAAGUAGAAGAGCCUUUUUUUUUUAGCUAUAUCAAAUGAUUAACAAAGUGCACAUGGCAAGUACCACAUUCCAUGACUGAUAUCUUAAAGAUGUGUGUCUUCUUCCUGCCAAGUGCAAAAACAUGUUUCCUAAAGUCUGUUUGAAACUGGGUUUUGAUUUGACUCAUAGUUCAUUUAAAAUGCAUUAAAUCUGAUGCUUGUUGAAAUAAGGGCUGAAUGUGUAAGCCAAAAUGAACCAUAAUACCCCGGAAUACUUUUGAUUAAGUAUGUUUAUUGGAACAAGUAUCAUUUAUAUUCAUCUCUGCCACAAGAUAACUUGCUUGGAAUAUUUUUGGAAAUGGUAUAGAAGCAAUAAUUGUCACACAAUUCUUACGAUCCUGCUGUGGAAUUCAUGGACUAUAUCUCCCAAAUAAUUAAAUACAGAUAAUUAUCCCAUCCCUGUAGGGAAAGGGGGAGCUUUGGUGGUGCAGUUGGGGAGCUUUAUAUGUUAUCCCUGUGCAUUGUAUGUACUGGUUUUCUUCAUGAUCUUCAGUUCCCAUCUACCUCCCAAAACAUGCCAGGAGGCAGAUUGCUGGCUCUAACUUGACCGUGUAUUCUUGGUACCUUGUGAUAGAAUGGCGUCCCAUCCGGGCGUGUUACCAGGAUAAGCUUUGUAUCUUCCAUGACAGUAACUGGGAUGAAGAGCUUGAAUGAAUCUAAUAAUAUGAUGUAUUGUCUUUUGUGUUUUUAUACCCUUAAUCCUUUGUAAGGAUGAAGCACAUCUUUUCAAUGGCAAAACAUUCACAUGUUCAAACAUCUCAUCAUCUUUAGGACAGAUUUGUACCAAACACUUAUCUCGUUCAUCUCACAUUCUAUGGGUGGCAGGUUGACUGAUUAUUAUCUUAUCUAAAUAUCUAAAUAUUAUCUUAUUUGCAGAAAUCCCUUUGAUUAUCACUAUGCUGGGUUUUUUUUUGGCAGAAAGCCCUUUGCAUUAAAGCUAGUCCCUGGAGAGCGGGUCCAAAAAUGGAAAUGAAAACUAAGCACAAUCUUAUAAUUAUACUUAAACCAUACUUGUUACGGCUGCCAAUGUUUACAUGCUUCAUUUGUGUCAAAUGGUAUGUAAUACCAGCA